CGACUCCAUCCGAUUACACAAUUACUUGCAGAACUGGCUGAGACAAAAACAGCCAUGGACUAGUCAACUCAACUUACUCAUGUACUCACCUUGAAUGCACCUCAUCUUGACUCAAUCUACCCACCUACGCUCCCUCAUCUACCUCCAACCAUGUCCUCCCCCUUCCACCCCCGCCCAUUUACCGACUACAUCAUCUUCUCUCCUCUAGCCGCCUUCAUCUACCCCGUGCACCACCUCCUCAAUCGACUCCGCGGACCACCACGACUACCACCCCCGAACGCUCGUCCGAUCCGCGUCGUCUGCAUCUCCGACACGCACACACUGGAAUGGGCCGACAUCCCCGAUGGCGACCUCCUCAUCCACGCCGGGGACCUGAGCAACGACGGCUCGGUGCGCGAGAUCCAACAAGCCGUGAACUGGCUGCGCCGUCUGCCGCAUGCCCAUAAAGUCGUCAUCUGCGGCAAUCACGACAGUUACUUCGACGUGCGGUCGCGCCGCGCGGAAGACCGCGACGACGCAUCGACGACAUCCUCGUUCGCGACCGUCUCCUCCUCGACCGCCUCCCUCCGCUCCCUCCCCUCCGACGACCUCGACCGCAUCGACUGGGGCGACAUCCACUACCUCCAACACAGCUCAAUCACCCUAACCUUCCCCGCCACCUCUCCCUCCCCUCCGUUACCACCAUCAUCAUCAUCAGCAUCAACCACAAACCAAACCACCCCCCUCCUCCACCACCACCACUCCCACAAUAACAACCACCGCCCACGCACGCUAACCCUCUACGGCGGCCCGCAAAUCCCGGCCAUCGCGCCCCUCGGCCCCGAACACGCCUUCACCUACCCCCCGCAACACGACGCCUGGGCCGGCACCGUGCCGACCUCCACCGACAUCCUGAUCACCCACACCCCGCCAGCCGCGCACCUGGACCUCUCCCCGAUCUUCUCGACGGGGUGCCCCGCCCUCCUGGCCGAGGCGUGGCGCGUGCGCCCCGCGCUGCACGUGUUCGGUCACAUCCACGCCGCCUACGGCCUGGAGCGCUGCUACUACGACGAGGCGCAGCGCGCGUGGGAGCGCCUCUGCGCGGCCCGCCGCCCGCGCGCCCGGCUGUCGCGCUUCCGGGCCAUCGUCACCGGCGGGAUCCGGGAUCUGCUGGAUGUGGCGGGCUGGGUGGACGCCGCGCGCGUGGUCGUCUACGGUGUGCUGGGGAUCGUCUGGGCGAAGGUCUGGGGCGGCGAGAAUGCCGGCUGCGGGUGGAUGGUCAACGCGGCGGCCAUGUAUCGCGAUGAAGGGGUGUUGAGGAAUAAACCGCAGGUUGUGGUUCUGUGAGGCGGUUUCUUGGGUGGGGGGGCGGCGGGGGCGAGUUGACGGAGGACUCCAUGUUGUGUGUUGUGAUUCGGGAAGAUUCUAGGUGAGAUGGGAGAUGGAUCAUACGGGGGUUGGGAUUGGGGCUGAUAUCGGGACUGUAUAUAAUUUUGUUUGUUUGCAUAUGGCAGGCAGCCAGCGGGGGGGGGGGG